AUGAGGGCGGAUCUCAGCACCAUCCAGCAGACGCUCACGCCGGAGGCGGCGGCGGCGCUGGCGCGGGCCAUCGACGAGGCCGCGCGCCGCCGGCACGGCCAGACCACGCCGCUCCACGUCGCCGCCGCGCUCCUCGCCGCGCCAGCGGGACUGCUGCGCCAGGCCUGCGCCCGCGCGGCCGCGGGGCCUGCCGGCGCCGCCGCCGCCGGUGCCGCCGGCGCGGCGCACCCGCUGCAGUGCCGGGCCCUCGAGCUCUGCUUCUCGGUGGCGCUCGACAGGCUGCCGGCCGCGGUCUCCGCCGCGGCGCAGGCGCAGGGCGCCGGCCCGCCCGUGUCCAACGCGCUCGUCGCCGCGCUCAAGCGCGCGCAGGCGCAGCAGCGCCGGGGCUGCCCCGAGGCCGCGCAGCAGCCGCUGCUCGCUGUCAAGGUCGAGCUCGAGCAGCUCGUGCUCUCCAUCCUCGACGACCCCUCCGUCAGCCGCGUCAUGCGCGAGGCCUCCUUCUCCUCCGCCGCCGUCAAGUCCACCAUCGAGCAGUCGCUCUCGUCGCCCUCGCCGCCGCCGCCGCCCCCCGCUGCAGCCACCCCGACGCUGGCCGGCACCACGCCCCUCUCCCCGUCCCCCUCUCCGCUCCCUCGCCUCGGCGCCGCCAACGCCUACAUCAACCCGCGCCUGGCGGCCGCCGGCGCCGGUGGCGGGGACGACGCGCGCAAGGUGCUCGACGUCAUGCUCAAGCCGGCGCGCCGGAACCCUGUGCUCGUGGGCGACGCGGGGCCGGACGCGGUGCUCAAGGAGGCGGUCAGGAGGAUCCCCACGGCCGGGUCCCCUGCCCUCGCCAGAGCCAAGGUCCUGCCGCUCGAGGCGGAGCUCACCAAGCACGCCGGCGACAAGGCAGCCAUGGCCGCGAGGAUCGGGGACCUGCCCGCGGUGGUCGAGAGGCUCCUCGCCGACCACGGCGCCGUGGUUCUUGAUCUUGGAGACCUCAAGUGGCUGGUGGACGGCCUGGCAGCCGCAGCGUCGGAAGGGGGCAAGGCGGUGGUGUCAGAGAUGGCGCGGCUGCUGAGGCGGUUCGGGAGUGGCAAGCUCUGGGCCGUCGGUACUGCCGCCUGCGCCACUUACCUCCGCUGCAAGGUCUACCACCCAACCAUGGAGGCCGAUUGGGACCUCCAAGCCGUGCCGAUCGCCCGUGGCGUGCCGCUCGCCGGCGCUGCUCUCAGGCCUGGAGGCACUGGACUUCUCGGCAACACGGUGGGGAUGUUAUCACCUACACUUCGGCCUAUGCCGGUGACACCAACAGCGCUCCGGUGGCCACCAGGGGCAGGGAGUGACCAGCCCCUCAUGGCAAAGCCGGCCAUGUGCCUCCUUUGCAAGGGUAGCUAUGAUCGUGAGCUCGUCAAACUUGCAGCGGAGCGGAAGGACAAGCCCGCAUCACGCCCUGAGGUAGCUAAGCCCGGUUUGCCACACUGGAUGCAGCCCAGCAGUGAUCAGCCACAGACCAAGGAGCAAGAGUUGAAAUGGAAGGAGACUGCCCAAGAGCUUGAGAAGAAAUGGCGUGAGACUUGCGCCCGUACCCACGGCACCCGUGCUGGAGCACCACCUCUCUCCAUGCCGUCGGCUGCCUUUGGCCCACGCCCGCCUGUUGAGCCCAAACUACAACUUGCCAGGGGUGCUGCUCCCACCCUUAAGAUGAACACCUAUUUGGAGAAGGCCGAGGACACCCCUACAUCCGAGCUUCGUAAGAGUCCGCCAGGCAGCCCAGUAAAGACCGACCUUGUGCUUGGUCCCUUGGAUCCUGGUGCUACUGUGGAUAAAAACCAGAAGGAAACUUACACGGACGGACUAACUGCCAUGCAAAAGGCUAAGAUUGCUGGAAUCUCUGAUAUCGAGUCGUUCAAGAGGCUCCUCAAGGGGCUUACAGAGAAGGUCAGCUGGCAAUCAGAUGCUGCUUCAGCAAUCGCUGCUGUUGUAAUACAAUGCAGAUCUGGCAGUGGGAAGCGGCGAAACAUCGGGACAAGGGGUGACAUGUGGCUCCUGUUUGUUGGUCCUGACCAAGCAGGCAAAAGGAAGAUGGUAAAUGCACUGUCCGAGCUGAUGGUAAACACCCAACCAGUGGUUGUAAACUUUGGUGGCGACUCCCGCCUGGGCAAGGAUGGUAAUGGACUCAAUGCAGGUUUCUGGGGGAAAACCUCACUUGACAGGGUCACUGAGGCAGUUCGGCAAAAUCCCUUCUCUGUUAUUGUUCUUGAGGGUAUUGAUAAAGUGGAUGCUGUUGUGCGGGCAAAGAUCAAGCGGGCAAUGGAGACUGGUCGCCUGCCAGACUCCCGGGGCCGUGAGGUAAGCCUUGGCAACGUCAUCUUUGUUCUCACCACAAAUUGGUUACCUGAAGAACUGAAGGGACCAAAAUUUGAAACAUUGCUGCAAGAUGAAGGAAGGAUGUUCGAGGUAGCUAACUCUAAUUGGCAGCUUGAGCUCUCUAUUGGGGACAAGCAGGUCAAGCACCGAGCAGAUUGGUUAUGUGAUGAUGCUCGCCCAGCGAAGGUAGCCAAAGAAUUAUCCGGUGGGCUAUCGCUUGACCUCAAUUUAGCAGUUGGGGCAUUGGAUGAUACUGAGAGCUCACGGAAUUCCAGCGAUCUCUCUGUGGAACAAGAACAGGAGAAAGGGCACCUUACAGUAAAGUGUAUAACACCAGCCCCUGAUUCUGAUAUAUUGAAUCUCGUUGAUGAUGCCAUCGUGUUCCGGCCAGUUGACUUUGGGCCAUUUAGGAAGAAUGUCACAGAUUGCAUAGCGGCAAAGUUUGAGUCACUCGUUGGGAGCAGCAACUCAUUCAGAAUCGAUGAAGAUGCCAUUGACCGGAUGGCUGGCAGCAUUUGGCUCGCUGAUGAGAAGCUUGAGGACUGGGCCCAGAAAGUGCUUAUGCCCAGUAUUGAACGAUUGUGGCGCAACAUGAAUCAUCACAAUGGCCGUGCUCUUGUCCGUCUUUCAGCAGUCGCGGACAAGGCAUUGCCAAGGUGGGGAGGGGGUAGAGAAGGGCUACCAGCAACGGUACCUAUUGCCAUUGAUGGCAUGUAGAGGGGAUUGGGGGGGAAGUACAUUCUUUGUAUGGUAGAUAUGUAAAUAUUGGGGAGAACUCCCUGUUAUAAGCUUGGGGAGGUUACUAUAUGAAGCACAUAGGGGGAAGGAAGAACAUCCUUUUGACUACCAAAUAGGCAAUGGAGGUUAUAGAUCUUAUAACAACAAAUGUGAUCUAUAGUUUUGAUAAUAUGUGUAGCUAUGUUCCUUGAAAAAACAAAAGGUUUCUCUUUUGCACUUCCUAAUGUUGCAGGGAGAUGGUGUAGUGUAGAGGAGGUAAAUAAUGAUGUAGCCGGUAGCCCUCAAUCAAACUCGAUUCGAGUCAGAUCAGUUUGUUGUCACUCGCAUAAACUAUUGAGUAUGCAUCAAGUGGCAAAUAGUUGGCAUGUGAAUACAUCAUUUUUAUUGCGAGCUC